AUGAUGGAUUUUAUAAACGUUUUUGUGACUUCUGACCUUACUUCAUCGGAGAGACGGAUCUGUCUCAACUGGACUAUAGAUUUCUUUAAGUCGCGAUUAGAGCUAGUUACUGGAGUUCCAACACCUGAUCAAAAGGUUUGGAUUUAUAAAUCAGCUGACGCCGCUGAACGUGAAGAGAUAACAGCCCAAGGAUCACAAACUCUCAGUACAUAUCAAAUUAGACCACACACGAGAAUUCACGUCGAUAAUACGAAUACAAAGUCAGUGCUGAGAGAAUUAGAAGCAGAAUUCAGCAAUAGUACUGGCCAACUCUACGUGAUUGAUGAUGAGAAAUAUAAACAACGCAGGGAUAGCGUGCUCAAGUGGAAAAUGGAGAAUUGUUAUGGCGAAUUCGACCCCCGCUUUCAAAAAAAACAUUCUUUAUCAGCUCAGGAGUUCGAAAACAGGGCGGAACUUCUCCGAGUCGGGCAAUCGUGUGAAGUUUUGAAUGGAAAUACAUCUAAAUCUGGUGUGAUAAAGUUCAUUGGGAAAGUGGAUGAGAUAGACGAUGGCAAGUCCAUAUGGGUUGGUGUCGAGCUCGACCUGCCUCUAGGAAAAAAUGACGGUAGUUUGCAGGGAAAGAGAAUUUUUGACUGUGAAAAAAACCACGGAUGCUUCGUCAAGCCCUCCAAAAUUCGAUUGCUCCAUACCGACCCUAUGAUGCCUUCUCCAAAUUCUGAGGACGAGAUUUGA